UUCCUUCCUUCUUUUUGCUCUGGGGAAGUAGCUCACUCAAGAACCGAAGAAGCCAGAAUCCCGGCAAUUUGCAGGAAAUAUUCACCACUAUGAACGGAGGUCUUGAGACUAUAUGGAAAUACAAAUCUUCUACUCAGAUUGCUCAGGAUGAGGAAAAAUUCCACACUAUGAAUGAAGGCCUUGAGUGUAUAGUCAAUCCCAGACAAUCUACUGUUAAGAAAGAAUUUGAUCUCCCAUGGUCAACUUCACAGAACGCACAUGAAGAUUUUUCACACAUUCCAAUGGCCAAUUAUGCGAAUCCACUCUCUCAUCAAGUUCUUCAGUUUCAGUCUCAUUUAUCAGUAAACACACAUUUUCCAUUGUUACCAAAACUAGAACCUGCUAUUGUUGAGCCACAUUUUCAGAACCCUGCGUCACUUCCCAUUUCCACAAAUUUUUCUGGCAAUUUCAGUUACCAAACUCCUCAAAUACAGUCUCCUUUCCCAGCAACCACAAAUAUACCAUUGUUACCACAGACAUCACUUCCCAUUUCAAAAAAUUUAUCUGGCAAUUCCACAUACCAAAUUCCUCUAACUCAGUCUCCUAGACCAACAGCCACAGAUUUGCAUUUGUUACCACUGACAGAAUCUAUUAGUGUUAAACCAAAUUUCCAAAACCCUACUUCACUUCCCAUUACAAUAAAUAUGCAUGCCAGUUCAAAUUGGUUUCAUAAUGAGAACACGGCCUUUCAAGGAAAUUUUGAUAGAGCACAACUUGCUUACCAGGCUUCAGAUGGAAAGUACACACAACAAAUUGCAUAUAAGGAAAUGCAACCAUAUACCAUUGACAUGAAGGCAUCUAGUUUUGCAAGAAGAUAUCACAGAUCCAAGAUAAGAAGGGAUUGCAGGUCUAAAGAACAUCAUUCGUAUCAGGUCUCUGAGAAGAAGGGCUCUAAAUAUGAGAGUGAAAAAAUCUAUAGCUCUAUACAGGCUUCUCUGCAACCAGCAAACACUGAAGUAGAAACCAAGACACAGAUCUCACAUGGAGGAAAGAGACUGUUGUUGCAGAAGCAGUUGCAAACUAGUGAUGUUAGUAAUCUUGGACGAGUAGUUCUUCCUAAGAAAGCUGCAGAGGCAAACCUUCCACGCCUAGAGAUGAAGGAAGGCAUUGUCAUAUCAGCAAAGGACCAUGACAAUGAUCGCAGCUGGAUUCUCAAAUACAAGUAA